AUGACUCAAAAUCUUGAAUAUUUUUGCAAAAAACCUAUUAAAAGCGAUGAAGAAAUCGUAUACGGUUCAAAUUAUAACUUUACUUUAGAUAUUGAAACGCUUUUAAUAAACCCAAUAAAGAACGAAAGAGCAAAAUAUUAUAAGAAAACGAGAUUUAAUAAACCAUUUAGUCUUCAAAAUAGUUCUAUUCUAUAUCGUAAAAACAAAGAAGCACAAUUUGCUCUUGCCGGACUAAAGCUAAAGUCGGAUGAGAAAUCAGAGAUAAUUAGCAAAAUGUGGAAAAGCGAGCCUCGAAAUAUUAAGGAAAUAUUCAAUGCACUUUAUAGAAUGAAUAAAGCAUUUCAUAUCAAGAAAUAUGGAAAUAAAUCUCACCCGAGGCAGCAAGCAAGAUUAGUCGAAUCAAAUUUUUCAUCACCAGACUUUGAUAAUAACCCUCAACCGAAACUUUACAGUAACAAUGUUCAACAUAUGGCAGAUUUUGAAAUGUUCCCGAAUUCAACUUCUAUGGAGGUUGAUAACGACAUUUUUCAAGAUUUGAAUUAUGAUUUUGAUUUUGAGUUGUUCUCGGCUGCUUCCUCUCCGAAAACAUCAACAGACUUUUAUGGUGACGAUUUUAAAUGUGAAUUGAAUUCUUUCCCAUCGUUGAACGAGAUUGAAUCAAAGAAUACAACACCCGUCACAGAAUUGCAACAACUUGAUAACGUUAACUUAUAUCAUGAUGAGUGUCCACCUUUUCUAUCAGAUAUAAGAACUCGCCAAGAACAUCUCAAAGGUACUUUACUUUAUCUAAUAAAGAAGACUAACUAA